UACUUAUUGCUCGCUAUAAGCCAGGUUAUUGCGCCCCUAAACCAACGCACUGACAACGCUACCUCCCCGGAACUCAAACUUUAACGUUUCUCUACUAGACAGGGGUCCCCAGUCAUGCGAUACAUCUUAUCUCAAGUCUUUGAUUUUGAAGUGCCUUCAAGAAGAUAUCAUGAACACAAGACACGUGAUGACCCAAAAGAUAAUGUGAAAAGUCCAAAGUUUGUACAUGACUUGAACUGUCUUCCUUGUUCCUUAUUCAAGACUACAAUCAAAGCAAGACUUUCUCCACAUCCUAGUUCAGUCAAUGAUCGGUGACGGCUUGAGAAUGAUGUUGAAAUGGAUGGUUGCUCUGGUGCUCAUUGGAACGGUAGCACCAUCUGCGCUGAAGUUCAUGCCAAGUAGUGUUGAGGAUAUUCUGGACUAUUUAAAUCUUAAUUCUGCUGAUAGACUUGGAGUGAAGGAAGCCAGUGUGUCAAGAAGCAUACCCAAUAUUUCGGCGAUCAUUACUGGUUAUGGCUACCCCAUUGAAGAGUAUGAGACCACCACCACCGAUGGCUACAUCUUAGCCAUGCAGAGGAUACCUCAUGGCCGCCAGAAGACUGAUGGGCCGAAGCCGGCGGUGCUAGUUGUUCAUGGACUUCUCGGGUUAGCAACCGACUUUGUGAGUAAUGCGCCCAAUCAGAGUCUUGGUUUCAUCUUGGCUGAUAAUGGUUACGAUGUGUGGCUGGGGAACUGCCGUGGAAACACUUACUCGAGGCGACAUGUCAAGUUGAAACCUGACCAAGAAGUAUUCUGGGACUUCAGUUUUGAUGAAAUGGCCCUGCAGGAUCUGCCAGCUUUUGUCAAUAAGGUCAUAAGUGUCACAAACGAGUCCAAGAUCUCAUACGUGGGCUACUCCGAGGGGACCAUGAUGGGCUUCGCUGGCUUCAGUCAAAACCAGACGUUAGCCAAUCAGGUGAAGGCUUUCUAUGCCAUGGGACCUGUCACGACAAUCAACCACAUCACCAGCCCGUUGAAGAUUCUGGCACCAUUCGCUAAUGAAUUGGGAUUCCUUUUUGAACUAUUUGGCCGAGGUGAAUUCUUGCCGAGGAACGCUCUCAUGGACUGGAUUGCCAAAUAUGCCUGUGAUGGCUCUCUGCCGGAGGUUCUGUGUACUAACUUCCUGUUCAUGAUAUGUGGCACAGACUUUGCAAACUUAAAUGAGACUCGAAUUCCAUUUUAUCUGGACUACAUCCCAGCCGGUACAUCGUCCCGGAAUAUGAUUCAUUUUGCUCAGCUGAUCAACUCAAAGAAAUUCCAAAUGUAUAAUUAUGGCUCCAAGUCAGAGAAUGAGAAACAUUAUAAGCAGGACACUCCACCUGAGUACCACCCAGAGAAUGUCAACAUUCCAGUAGCGUUAUUCUACGGAGACAAAGAUAAGCUAGCAGAUAAAGGAGAUGUGGCAGAGCUCAUCCCAAAACUCAAAAAACUCAUAAAGGCUGUUGAAAUACCGAUAUUCGAGCAUUUAGACUUUAUCUGGGCUAUGAAUGCUGUGGACCCAGUUUAUAAACCCAUGUUGGACAUGAUGAAACAAAUCGAGGAGAAGACAGAGAAUUAAAGUGGCAUGAAACUGCAUCAGAGAGGAUUGCAUAGGACAUCACAUUGGAGUUCUCGUCAUCCACUUAAUAAAAUCAUAUUUGUAUUUCACUGCAUGGGGAUGUGCUAAUGGCACAGAUAUGGCCAACUCAACUACUGUUCAGCAAAUUUACUAGUCAGUUAACUAUUAUUGACCAAUCAGCCAUGCUCCCUCUUUGGCUGAAAUUACUCUGUUGUAAUCCUUUAAGAACCUUUAUGAAAUAUGAUUGUGUUUUGAGGUCAACGGGCAUUGUACAUGUUAUGAUGUUAUGUAUGGCAAUGUACAGGUGACCUACCAUGGCCAUUGUGUCUGUGUCAAUAUUUGAGAGCGGUAUGUCAGUUACAUUGUAGAUACAUCAGAAAGUCCAUCUGAAUCAAGUGAUUCCAACAUUUUGUUGUGAUAAUAAGAGAUUAAUGUUCAUGAACUUUUUGAUUUGCCCAAAGCAGAAAUUGUGAUAAAACUGGCAAAUUCCUGCUAACUUGAGAUGCAAAUAAUAGUCUUCCUGGUAGUUGUCUUUUCUCAUUUUGAUUGUUUACACUUGCCACAAAGAUGACAUCAAUUUGAUGUCAUCGUCACACAUUGUCGAUUCUUUACAAUUGUGUCUAGUCCGUCAUCUAGCUAUUAAACUGGUGUGUCGCCAUGACGAUGUUUGUCAAUAGCUGUCUUUGCAUUUCAUAGGUUCUUUGACCUUCAGAUAUUACUAUGGUUGCGGCCAGACGUGGUUGGUGCUGAAAUCUUACUGUCGAAACCGCAUCAGUAUGCUGUAUUUAUAACAGCUGUCAUUUCUCAUCUUUUAUACCAAUUGCUGCCUUAACCAUUUCUGAUUUAUCCUAAAGGGAUGAGUUUAAUUUGUAUAUGAUUAUCCACUGCUGUUAAUAAUCUUCAUUGUCAUGUCUCUGGAGAAAUAAAACCAAAUCAUUCAAUUGA